ACUGGGUUGUGUGCAAAGGCAGACAAGCAAGAGACCACAUACAUCCUGUGGAUCACAGAGAGUGUCGCUGUGUAACCGUCCUGCUGUUGGUGACAGCUAAACGUGGACAAAAGAGAAAAUGGGCGGUGGACAGAGCUCCUCAUCUUCCUCCUCCUCCUCUUCACCCCCUUAUUCUACCUAUGGAAACAUCACAAGGGUGCCGGUUUACGGGGCUUCAAAGGAAACCGCGAGGCAGGACGAUCUCAGAUACCAUGGUUCAAAAGCAUCACAAACCAUGGCAGAGACUGACAGAGAAAGGAUGGAGAAGUACAGGACAAUGAUCUAUAGUGUGGCAGAGGACAAAGACAUUCAUCCAGCCCUUAUUGCUGGCAUCAUCUCCAGAGAGUCCAGGGCUGGGAAAACCCUUUCUAAAGGCUGGGGAGACUGGGACUCAAAAAGAGGAGCAUAUAACGGCUGGGGACUGAUGCAGGUUGAUGUUAAUCCAAAGGGAGGUAACCACAUUCCCAGAGGUGAAUGGGACAGUGAGGAACACCUCAGACAAGCCACUGACAUCUUGAUUUACUUUAUUGGAAGAAUCCGUAAAAAAUUUCCUAGAUGGAGCAAGGAGCACCGGCUGAAAGGAGCGAUCGCAGCCUACAAUAUGGGAGAUGGAAAUGUCCAUUCUUUUGAUGAUGUGGAUGAAAACACAACAGGGAAAGACUACUCCAAUGAUGUGCUCAGCAGGGCUCUGUGGUACAAACGCAAUGGUUUUAGCGGUUAAGUGUUUCACAAAAUAAAAAAAAAAUGAUUGUUAUUAUUCACUGUUUUGUGUGAAAUGACAAAUGUAUUUUGGGUUUGAUGUGAAGAAUGGAUGUGAAAACAAUAAUAUUCACAGUGGCCCUGUUUACUACAUCAUUUACAUAGUACCAGUGAUGCACAAUAUUCAUUCUAGUAGAUGGCUUGUAAUAUAGAGAUACAAUAUAAAGAAUUCCUAAUAUACCAACCACAAAAUUAAAGCUAUUUAACUAAAUUAACAAGUAAACAAAUACAUAGUUGAUUCAAUACUCCGAACGUGAAAGAAAUUGCUGUGUGAAGUACUCUGGAUUUGCCUUUUUUUUUUUUUUUUUAAAACAGCAGUAGUUUUGAUGUCUACAGCUGAUGUUUGAGGUCUGAGGAAAUCCAAAGCGAGUCAGCGGUACGUGCAAUGGCGUUCCUGGUGCUGCCGCAGGUCCACUUUGUGCUGGAAGCUGUACAUGCAGCGAGGGCAGCGGUGGGGCCGACAGUCCCUGUGUUUGCGGCUGUGGGUGAUGAGGUUGGAGCUCUGGCUGAAUGCCUUCCCACAUAUCUGACACACAUGGGGCUUCUCUCCUGGACAGAAAUCAUUUGAAUGCACACAGAAAUCAAACAGAUGAGUGUACAAACAGAUACAUUUUCGGUUUUUCCUUAUUUAAUUCGGUUAUGUAUGAUACUGUACAUGGCAGAAAUCCUAUUUUGUUGUCAAUGACAUAAUGAAAUAAGACUCAAAGCAAUGGGUUGUAAAACAUAAAGUUUUUUGUAAUCACA